GAGCAAGGAAGACUAAAAUAGGCUGUAAUUUUCAAGGCAAAACCCCUCAUUUCUAAGGGGCGGGGACCCGCACUCCGUGCCCGUAUAACGCUCUUGCCCUCAAGCGCUUCCCUUUGACGCGCUCUCUCUCUCGGCCUUCUCAUCAAUGGAGGACGACCAGAUGCAUUUUUCUAUUAAAGAAACUGAGAAUGAUCGGCAUUUGUUAGUUCUUAAGCUCUCUGAAGACGACCCUCUUUUCCAGAAAAAGAAGAAAAUACUGGAAGAUAAAGGGUUUAAUCGCCAAGGACAAGUAGUUUUGGAGAACUACAGUGGUCCUGAUUGGACAAAUAAAACGAUGGAUAUACUGCUUCAAAGAGCAAGAAUCAUGUGCUCGGAUGAGGUUGAACUUUACUUUGCUGGAGUUGAUGUAACUUCCGUGCAUCUUUACAAUCCCAGAAUUGAGCUGGAGGCUUUGCACACUAUUCUCUCAUUCCUUGAUAAAGCCCUCUGCAGUGGUUAUCAUACCAUAAAUGGUAUUCUGCAUGACUUAAGGGAAUUGAGUAUUAAUAUGAUUCAAGAACUCGGGGACAAGAUCAGACUGGAGACUAUAAUUGUGACAAACUACAGCUGGGACAAGGAGAGAUAUUUAUUAAAGUGGGGCGAGAGCAAUGGUGUUCGAAGGAAAUUGGAAGUAGCUUACGUUGAGGGGGCUGGAAGAGGAGCCAUAGCAACAGAAGAUCUAAAAGUUGGGGACAUUGCUCUGGAGAUCCCUGUGUCUGCCAUCAUUUCGGAGGAGCUUGUUCAUGAAUCUGACAUGUUCCCCAUCUUGGAAAAGAUUGAUGGUAUUUCUUUGGAGACAAUGAUGCUAUUGUGGAGCAUGAAGGAGAAGCACAAUCCUGAUUCAAAAUUUAAGUUAUACUUUGAUGCAUUACCUGAAGUAUUUAAUACAGGGUUGAGCUUUGGAGUUAAUGCAAUUAUGGCUUUAGAUGGGACAUUAUUACUAGAAGAGACAGUGCAGGCAAAAGAGCACUUGCGCACCCAGUACAACGAGUUAUUUCCUGCACUAUGCAAUGAUCAUCCUGGUAUAUUUCCCACAGAGCUCUACACGUGGGAUCAGUUCUUAUGGGCUUGUGAGCUAUGGUACUCUAAUGGCAUGAAAGUGAUGUUCACCGAUGGAAAGCUACAAACAUGCUUGGUACCAAUUGCCGGCUUUCUCAAUCAUUCUCUUUGCCCACACAUAUUGCACUAUGGGAAAGUAGAUUCUGCUACAAAUUCAUUGAGAUUUCCUCUAUCGAGACCAUGUAAUGCAGGAGAACAAUGCUACCUUAGCUAUGGGAAGUUCUCUAGUUCUCAUCUAGUCACAUUCUAUGGUUUCUUGCCACAAGGAGAGAACCCUUAUGAUGUCAUGCCUCUUGAUAUAGAUGCUACCAUAACAGAUUGUUCUAAGGAUUGCUGCCCUUUGUCUAGUUGGACCAAUCACAUGGUGCGGGGUACUUGGUUCUCAAAGAACCAUGGCAUCUUUCAUUAUGGUUUGCCGCCUCCUUUAUUACAUAAUUUUCGAAGAGCUCAGUCUCCUAUGUUACAAGCUAAUACCCAUGAGAACUUGGAAACUGAGUUGGAAAUUCUAGAAGACCUUCGUUCUACCUUUGAAGACAUGUUGGAAACCCUCGGUGAGACUGAUCUUGAUGACAGAAGUACGAGUUGGGAUGUAAAGCUAGCAAUGGAGUUCAAAGAUCAACAAAGAAGAAUUGUCUCCUCAAUUGUAACUUCUUGUUACUAUGGUUGCAAGUUGUUAGAAGAUGAAUUGCUAAAAAAAUAGAGCUUAAAAGAGACAUGGCUACAUGAGCUGGUAAGAAGCAUCUUCCUCUGCUAUAAACCGAAGAGCUGUUUUCUCUGUUUAAAGUUGCCACUGAAACUGGUCCCACCAAACUUCUUGUGUGGUUUAUAUUUAUCAGAUUGUCAUUAACCAUUUCUGACAAAUGGCGGAAUGGUGUUUAUGCUUGUGUUGUAAGCAGCACAAAGCAUGGAGUAUAUUGGUUCUCAGUGGUAAGAUUGAGAUUAAAAACCCAAUCCCACCACCGCCCACUUGCGGGUGUCUCAAUUUAAAGCCAUAGUGAAAGUCUAUGUAAACUAGCUCCCAAAGAGUUGAUAGCACUUGGGAGAUUUCGAACCUGAGGCUAGGAGGGAGCAAACCCCCAAGCCACGGGCCUUGAUCAUUAAGCCAAUCCUUUUAAUGGUGGGUGUUUCUAUUCUUGUAUUUUGAUAAUUAGAAUUGAGAAUAAUGCUUUUCGGUGGUGGAAAGCAUAAGGAUGACAGAAGAGUGGUGUCAAUUGAGUAGCCUUUAAUUGUGUGGUCAGUAUAGCGAAUCUAAGUUUUUAAUUUUGCAGUGGGGUUUGAAUGAGUCAGUACUUUUAAUCUAUCAAUUAAGUCGGUCUUAGCUUCCAAAGAAUUGUUUGUGUUUCCGGAUUGGGAUUGCAAUUUAAGUUUGAUUUGUUA